AUGACGAACGUUACCAAGGAAACAGAAGCAUUUGUCGAGAACUAUCUAAAAACUACAAGCACACCCAGUUUCCAGCACUUCAUCGACGAAAAUGUCGAAUUUAUUGCACAGAACUCGUAUUUGGGGGACGCGCUCGAAAAAACCUGGACCAACCUAUAUGGGAAGGUUGUGCAACAGGCAAAAGGGCGCAAGAAGCCUGAUUGGGCAGCCGUAGCACUGAAAAUGGUGGAGCUGGCUCGGCCCAAGGCAGACAAUAUCGCAGUCAGGGAAUGCUCGAAAGCAUCAUACCCAACGACUAAAUCACCCGGAUCGACGUCCCUCAAAGUAAAACUGACAACUCUGGACAAAGAAAGGAUUUCGCGAGAGUUAGGACAGUUGUCGAAAAAGAAUUUCUGGAGCCUGGAACGGUCUGAUGAAGCACCGCUGAUCAUAGACCAGAUUGUCAUCGACUUACGAAACAACAUCAGCGAUAACAAUUGGGAUGAUGUUUUCUCGGGUAGAGAUCUGGAUGCUUUAGAAAAUUUUGGUUCUAAGCUAUUCCCUGCGUUGGAUGCUGAAUUAAUUGAUAUCUUAAGCGAUAUUGAAAAGCUGACAACUCCGUCUGAAGCAUAUGAAUUCGGCCGCAAAUUGUGUCAUGAUCCCGUAAAGGAGCCUUUGAAAGCAUGGUUGGUCGUCGAAUUGCAAGAAUUUUCUUGCACUCGCAUCACAGUAAAAGGGAGUGAAGGCUCGAGCAAGGCUAAUGCCGAUGCUUUGAACAAGAAAAGAUCCAUAUCAGCCAUCGAACCAGCCACGAACCGUCGGGUUGGCCGUAAAAUUGACGUGAUUUACAGCGCAAACAGAAAAGAAGUGGGGUGUGUCGAGAUUGGAAAGAACGAAGAUCAGACCAAAGAGAUGAAGGACAGCUUGACCAAAAUGCCGUUAAUCAUGCAUGAUAUGUUGAGCCAAGUGGCAUAUUCACAAAAAUCAUUGCAUCAAGUUCAAAUCCUCGGCUUCGUCAUCAACGGUCAGUGA